AAGUCGUGUGUAGUGUGGCGGUGUGUAUAGUUGUGAGGUGCAUGGUGGUUGUCUGUGGUAAUACGGUUGCGUUUACACAUCUUGUAAACGCUCGCUGCAGACCGGCUGCUUCGCAAGUUCUCUGAUUUUAGGCUUCGGCAUUGUGGCAGUGAUAAAUGAACGAGUGGCAGGCUGUCCGCCCGUUCCUUCUUUAAGCGGGCUCCCCUGUGAUGUUCGUUUGCUCCGGCUGGAGCUUCUUGAGCCGACGCACAGCCAGCGCAGCUUCGACGUUACGAAGGCACUAUAGCAGCUGCGGACUGCGUGAACGAAGGUUUUCGCCCAUCAGAAAAGCCUCAUCAAAAGACUUCACGAUGCCAUCCCUUGAUACUGACCAUGGAGCUCGUGUGUAUGAUCAUAUUACACAGUCCGAAUCGGACAAGAACCUCUACCAAGGCCUUGAACUUAGCAAUGGCUUGAAAGUGCUGCUGAUAAGCGAUCCAACCACAGACAAGUCUGCUGCUGCACUGAAUGUCCAAGUGGGCUACAUGUCAGACCCUUGGGAGCUGCCUGGAUUGGCUCACUUCUGUGAGCACAUGCUGUUUUUAGGCACAGAAAAGUACCCAGCUGAGAAUGAAUACCACAAGUACUUAUGUCAACAUGCGGGUAGCAGUAAUGCAUUCACUGCUAGUGACCACACAUGUUAUUACUUUGACGUUGCACCUGAGAACUUGGAACCAGCCUUGGACAGGUUUGCGGCAUUUUUUGUGUGCCCUUUAUUCAAUGAAGAUGCAACUGAUCGAGAGGUAAAUGCCAUUCACUCUGAGCAUGUCAAGAACAUCCAGAAUGACUCCUGGCGUUUGAAACAACUAGAAAUGUCGACAGCAGACCCUCAGCAUGACUUCUGCAAAUUCGGCACAGGUAACUUGACUACACUUGACACAAUUCCCAAAUCAAAAGGGCUGAUGGUGCGGGACCAACUGCUUAAGUUCCACCAGCAGUGGUACUCCUCCAACAUCAUGUCACUCGUCGUUCUUGGCAAAGAGUCCCUGGAUGAACUAGCACGCAUGGUGGUGCCGCUGUUCUCAGUUGUACCCAACAAAGGUGUGGAACGACCAACUUGGCCACAACACCCUUAUGGUCCUGAACAGCUGGGCUUGCAGGCACAUGUCGUGCCUGUCAAGGACAACCGGUUCCUGUACAUGACAUUUCCCACUCCAGACCUGAGGCAGUACUACAAAGCUGGACCCGGAGACUAUGUUGCCCACCUUAUUGGACAUGAAGGCCCUGGGAGCUUGCUUUCAGAGCUGAAGGCACGAGGCUGGGUCAAUUCUCUGGUGGGUGGAGAGAAAGAUGGUGCACGAGGCUUCAGUUUUACCAUUGUCAAUGUCGACCUCACUGAAGAAGGCAUAGAACACACAGACGACAUAGUUCAGCUGGUGUUCCAGUACCUGAACAUGCUGCGCACUGAAGGCCCCCAGCACUGGGUUUUCCAGGAGCUGCAAGAGCUGUGGCGCAUUGCCUUCCGCUUCAAGGGUAAAGACACACCACAGAGCUACGUGCGGGACUUGGCUGGCAUGCUCCAUCUUUUUCCAUUUCAAGAUGUUCUUGCUGGGCCAUAUUUAUUAGAAGAGUAUCGACCAGAUUUGAUUAAAGAUUUAUUGCAUUACCUCAGGCCUGACAAUGUACGGAUUGCUGUGGUUGCCAAACGCUUCAUGGGGCAGACGGAUUCUGUGGAAAAGUGGUACGGCACACAGUACAAGUUGGAGAACAUUCCCGACUCUGUAAUGCAGGUGUGGCGUGCUGCUGGUACAAAUGAGAACCUCAAGUUGCCGCCUCGUAAUGAGUUCAUCCCAAGCAACUUUGACCAGUGUCCACGUGAAGGAGAGGGGGAACAACUGCCUGUGAUGAUCAAGAACACAGAAAGUACUCGUGUGUGGUUUGUUCAAGACCACACAUACAACCUCCCCAAAGCUGUGCUUCAUUUUGAGUUCAAAAGCCCUGUUGCAUACCAAGACCCGCACCACACCAACAUGACGCACAUGUUUGUGCGGCUCUUCACGGAUGCACUGAAUGAGUACACAUAUGCAGCCAUGCAGGCUGGCCUCAGCUACUCCCUUGACAACACCAUAUAUGGCAUUGUGCUGAGCAUUAGGGGCUACAAUGAUAAGCAGCAUGUGCUUUUGUCCAAGAUUAUGGACAAGUUGACAAACUUUGUGGUUGACCAGCAGCGCUUUGACAUUCUCAAGGAGUCUUACAUCCGUGGCCUCAAGAACUUCAGUGCUGAGCAACCUCAUCAACAUGCAGUCUACUACACUUACAUGCUGCUGGCCCAGAAAGUGUGGUCGCACAGUGAAAUGCUCGAAGCCACAGAAGAGCUUACCAGAGAGAGUGUCCAAGAAAUGAUUCCGAAGUUGCUGUCUAGAAUGCAUAUUGAGUGCCUUAUGCAUGGAAAUUUGACUCAUCAGCAUGCCUUGGAGCUGGUUGGUAUUGUGGAAAGAAGCCUGCAGUCUUCUGUGGGUACCAGGCCUCUUCUUCCAAGCGAGCUGGUGGGACACAGGGAGCACCAGUUACUUGAAAGAGGCGAGUACAUCUACGAGCAGGUGAAUGAAGUGCACCACACAUCAUCAAUUCAGACAUACUUCCAGUGUGGGCCCCAGGAGACACGAGCUAACAUGCUGGUGGAACUGCUAUGCCAACUCAUCACUGAACCUUGCUACAACAUCCUGCGUACUCAAGAGCAGCUUGGCUACUUGGUUGCAAGUGGACCGCGUCGAUCAAAUGGUGUUCAAGGCAUCCGUAUCAUUGUCCAGUCAGACAGGCCACCUCUCUUUUUGGAUAGCCGUAUAGAGGCCUUUCUUGUGUACAUUGAGAAUUACAUUCAAGAAAUGAGUGACACAGAGUUUGAGUCCAACAAGACUGCCUUAGCAGCCCGACGCCUUGAAAAACCCAAGAAACUAGCUCAAUUGGCAAGCAAAUACUGGAUGGAGAUUUUGUCUCAACAAUACAACUUUGAUCGAGACAAGAUUGAAGUGGCCUGCCUGGAAGCAUUGACAAAAGCUGAUUUGCUUACAUUCUUCAAGGAGCAUGUUGCUGCUGGAGCACCAUACAGAAAGAAACUGUCCGUACACAUCAAGUGCAGUGGUCAGGGCGACACCACUGCAGAUACAAGCCCAACUAAUGGACCCAUGUGGAUAAAGAACAUCACAGAGUUCAAAAGGAGCAUGGGCUUGUACCCAUUACCAAAGGCAUGUAUCAAUGUGCAGCCACCUCAGACUGGAGCUAAAUCGAAGUUAUAGCCAGUGGCAAAAGGAAUUUGCAGAUGUAUGGCAAGAUUUUUAUCAAUAAAAAGGUUGUGCCUUGA